CACUAGCGACGUCACUUCAAGGGUCACGUACAUAUGCAUUUGUUUUGAUUGUGACAUACAUUCCUCACACAGUUCACUCGUUCUGCUGAUGUUUUAGAGUUCCAACAGUGCUAUGGACUUUGGGACACUGAGGCCACUUGUACUGAACUUGAAAAGCAAACACGAGAUCGUGAGUAUAUAAAAGGGAAUUUUCGUUUAAUGAAGACUUCCAAUCGUUUAUUGAAUUUCUAACUGUUCAUACAUAAAGGACUAUUUCUGCCAUGAAUAAUUCAGUUGUUAUUUUCAGGAAUUUACUUUCGCUCUUGGCAAGCUGGUCCGUUUACAAUGAACAAAAUGCAAACGGCGAUUUGAUCAGCGAUUCAUCUGGGCUAGCAAAAACUUCCGGAUCGCCUCGCACAGACAAUCCCUUUAUUACGGCGAGCAUCGUGACAACUGUUCAUGAUUACAGAAAUGAAGUGCCUACGGCUAUGCAUUCUUAUGCUGCUGAUGAUAACAGGAAUUACAGAACAGGUGAAAACACAAUGUUUGAUGGAACUGGCCUUCGUGGCAAAAUUAGCGGGGACGACAUCAAUGUGCUCAUCUCUAGUUGGGACUUCCUCAAAAAGCGGCUGAGUGAUUUUGCACCCAAAAUUUUUCUAAGAUAUUUCUCCAUCAGGCCGGAUGCAAGGAUGAUGUUCCCAGCAUUUGCUCACGUAACUAAAGCUGAGCUUCCAUACAAUCGUGACUUUCUUAGCACAACAUAUAACUGUAUCGCCAGUUUGAACUACAUCAUACCGCAUUUAAGGUACAGCCUUCCUGAACAAUGCCCGGCUUUCGCCAGCCUGAAGAACAAGUACAGCAAACUCGACCUCAAGAGGCUUGAGAAUAUUUGGUUGAACGUCACGCAAGAAGAAAUGGGCGAUAAUUUCACUGACGUCAUCCGUGAUUCUUGGAAGAAAGUUUUUUUUGCUUUUUUCAAAUUUACUUACGAAUGAAAUCUUUA